GCCCACUCCAAGCUUCCUAGUGCACCACAAAUGAGUAGCGUAAUGGCUGUCGGUAUUUUCCUCAAAACGGAAGUAGUGUUUAUGUUAGCGGAAACGAUGGGAAAGUAGAUCUGCUCUUUACCGUUAUCACUUUAAAGAAGAUAUACGUUUUUUUAUUGUUGACGUAAAAUGUUUGGUAGAUCCGUAAGUUUUAACUAUGAGCCUCUCCCACAGCGAGAUCACGGAAAUAGAAAUACUCCGGGCCUGUUUACAUCCGGACGGUCUCAGUAUAACAGCGGCUUCUCAUUUGAUUACGUCCCUAAAAUCAAAAACAAUGAUUUUAUAGACGAAAGUCAAGGAUUAAUAUCACGGUUAUGCAACUUGGCUGUUAUAUCCCUGGUUUUUUUUUGUACGCUCAUCAUAUUUCCCAUAUCUGCAUGGUUUGUUUUAAAAACAGUGCCCAACUAUGAGCGAAUUGUUGUAUUCCGCCUGGGUCGCAUCCGGCCUCCUAAGGGUCCAGGAGUGGUUUUAGUGCUUCCGUUCAUUGACCAGUGGCAGAGGGUGGACCUAAGAACCAGGGCUUUCAACAUUCCACCAUGCAAGGUGACCACGAAAGACGGAGGCCUGGUGUCUGUCGGAGCGGAUAUCCAGUUCCGGAUCUGGAAUCCAGUCAUGUCUGUGGUGGCUUUGCAGGAUUUAAAGGCUUCCACACGCCUUACUGCACAGAACGCUAUGACUCAGACUCUGGGCAAGAGGACUGUGAGAGAGAUACAGACAGAGAGAAUCAAACUGGGUGAGCAUCUUGGGAUGGAUAUAAAUGAUCUGACAAAGCCUUGGGGGUUGGAGGUGGACCGGGUCGAGCUGACCCUGGAAAGUGUACUCCGUGCCCCAGACGAGUCUCAAUCAGGGCCGCUCAUCAUGCCUCCCUCUGUCCCUGGCCUAGAAGGUCUGACUGGGCCUAUACAGCAGCUCGCCAUGCACUUUCUCGGGCAAAGUACAGCACCAAAUCCACCUGCUAAAGAUACAGUGCUCUUUACUGACGAGUCAAGCACAGAGGCUCCAGUAGCUGAAAGCAGCAGCGUGAUGGAGGAGCUCCUGGCAGCAGUGAGACUGGUCCUGUCUGAGAGCUUGGUUAGGCAAGUGGGAGCCUGUUUCCAGUUUCACAUCAGUACCAGCACUGGCCAGACUAGGAGCUACUAUGUGGAUCUAACUCAAAAUAGUGGAACAUGUGGUGCAGGUGAGGCGAUGCAGCCAGAUGUGUUUCUAAGUAUGAGUGAGCAGGAUAUGAUGGCCAUGUUCCAAGGCAACCUACGGCCAAUUGCAGCAUAUAGCAGUGGCAGAUUGAGAGUUCAGGGAGACUUGAACACUGCCAUGAAACUAGAUGCACUUGUUAAACUCAUCAAGCCUCCCUGACAGGGGUGUCAGACGUCCGGUCCGCUAGAGGGUUCAAUCCGGCCCGCAGGAUGAAUUUUGAAAGUGAAACAAUGCAAAAAAGACACGAACUUGAAAUUUUUAAUAAAAUGCUAUUCCUAAAUUAUCCGGUAGGGGCGCACUGUUUUAGUCAGAGUAGAAGAUGCGGCACACUCUUGGAACUCAGACCGAACAGCAGAUGGCAGCAAUGCGCCUUCUGCUGUUUGUUAUUACGGUGUAGUCUACCCUAUUUUCUUCUCGUCCCCACACCCUCAUUAGCCAAAAUGUCUUCGACAUAAAGGAGAAAAGUAGAUACAGAGUGUAGAGUUUUUCAAGAAAAAUGGACCGCUUCCUAUUUAUUCACAGAGAUUAAUGGAUAAAAGUUAAAAAAUGUGCAAUUUAAUGUUAGUCAACAGCUUCACUACAAAAGAGUUUGGUUUGGUGGAAUCCUAUUCAUGCAAUGCCAUAAAUUUUAAAGUGCAAUACUAUAUUUUUCAGUUCCAAAUACCUUUACAUUUUUUGCAUUUGUACAAACACUUUGAUCAGUUGUAAUGCACAUAUGUAAAUGAUAAUCAGAAGCAAACUGCACAUGUUUGUCUUAAGAAAUCUGAGGUUGUUCAUGAUAUAUUUUGUAAAAGGAUAUUUCAUUAAAUAUGAAGAUUUUCCUAAUGUACUUGUACUUCUUUGCAUGAAAACAAAGGAAAAACAUGGACUUAUUGUUAUUUAUAGGUAACUAUGCUAUUAUUUUACUGGCCCUGCCCACUUGACAUCUAAUUAGGCUGUAUGUGGCCCCAGAACUAAAAUGAGUUUGACACCCCUGCUUUAUGAUGUCUAGUUAUACAUGAAUUUAAUGAAAAGGUGUAUUUCAUGCCUUCACAACCUACACAAAUGUAAACAGUACUGUUUAUAUAAUUUGUUGCUAUGACCUCAUAAUUUAUUACAGCUAAAUUAUAUACAUAUAUAUACAUAUUAUAUAUAUAUAAUAUACACACACACACAUACACACAUACAUAUAUAAAUCUGGAUUAAUAAAAGCCAUUUAGGACAGACUUAAAAUAUGCAUUCUGUCAAGUAAAUCUGAAGAAAAAAAAAUAAUAAAAAAAAAUAGGGGGAUCCCUGUGACAAAUUUCUGUAUAUGUGAACCUAAAAUAGAAUGUGUGUUUUUUUUUAAUUGCACUAUAACAGUACUGCUGUGUGUAUUUAUAAUUAAAUGUUUAUUUAAAUAUCAACUUUUAUGUAUUUAAUGAUCAGUUUGUAGUAUAUAACAAGUGCCUGAUCACAUGGUACAUAAUUUCAUACAUGUUAAUAUAUGUUCUUUAUAAUAAAAAUAAAUAAAUCACAGUUUGA